AUGCCUGCCUUUCCAUACAAGCUUCACGAACUCCUCGAUGACGUGAAUGACGAUGCUGAACUCAGUGCCAUCAUAUCGUGGCUGCCAGAGGGCACAUCAUUCCGAAUCCACUCGUAUGAACAAUUUGAGAAGAGACUCUUGAAGCAGUACUUUCCUCGGCAAACACAGAUAAAGUCCUUCAUGAGGCAGCUCCAGUACUAUGACUUUGAGAACUUUGGUGGCGGUUUAUUCAGCCACCCUUGCUUCAAGCGGGGCCUGCGAAACAAGUGUGGCCAAAUCCUCCAUCAGUUGCCAACCAAGAGUCAAAAGGCAAACGGAGGUCGCACUCGUCCACUCAAGAGUCGAGGACGCAAAAAGAGGAUCCGCGCUUCUUCUUUUGCCUCCACAGCAGGUACCAGCUCUGGGUCAGUUCUCACGACCACCGCUGGGGAUGCCUCGGUGAUUUCCCAUGACUCCUCUGAAUCCUUCAAAGGUGGUGUUACAGCAGCAGACUCGAAACACGAUUCGUCACCCACUCUGUCUCCGACAAAAGCGAAACAAGCUGAUAGUAUCACUCGUGGCCCAUUUGCCGCUGAACUUGGCGAUACAAUGUCCUUGGCAAUGCCCCCUGCGGUCCAGUCAAUGAUUUCCCAGCAACAGCAAAUUCUCAUGAUGCAUCAGCAACAGACCUUGGCCCAGUUCCAACAGAUGCAAGCAAUGCAAAUGGCACGGCAAAAGUAUCUGUCCUGCCUUCAGCAGGAGAUGUUGCUGGAAUCGCUAUUCCGGAAUGGUAGCAACGGACAUAGUAUUAUGUCAUCAUCCAAUCAAGCGAUACCACAUCAAGUGUUUCAGCCCGAUACCACCAUUUCCUCCGCGAGUGGUGGUAAUAAACGACAGCAGGGUUGA